AUGGCGGGGAUCGCAGCGGACUGCGCGAAACUGGAAUGGGUGACGGGUUGGGAUAGCUUCAACGUUAACGGCCGAGCUUGGCGCGCAUUUGCUCUUUUGCCGAUUUUAUUCCACAUCCAUACAUCCAUGCAGCUCCUGACGUCACUGGAGCUCAACUCACGCUAUGCGCGCGCGCGUCUUUUCUACACACGGCAGCCGCCGCUUCCCCCCGUGCACCUCCUCCCCUCACUGCAGUCCCUCUCUCUCCUCUACGUUCCCUUGGACUACCUCUCCAUUCCCCGCUGUUCCUCCCUCACGACUCUCACCCUCUGGGCCCCCGAAUCCUCUUCUCUCUCCUCUCUUGCCUUCUGCUCCUCCUCCCCUCUUUCCUCCCCUUCAUCCUCCUCCCUUGCGUCCCCCCCCCCAUCCCCUCUCCGCACGUCUCUCAAAUCUAUUAUUAUUCACUCCGCCAAACUGCAAGGCUCCCUCCCUUCUCUCUCCUUCUUCCCCUCCCUCGCCUCCCUCUCCCUCCACUCCUGCACCAUCGACUCAUACGAGCUCCGCUCUCUCUCACGCUCCCUCCACUCUCUCACCUGCCUCACCAUCCACUCCUGCUCGCUCGUCUCCUCCCACUCCCUCGCAACCAUCCUUCAAGUCAACCCUGCUCUCUCCUCCCUCUCCCUCCACGGAACAAAUUACUGUCUGUUUGCUGCACAGGGCUUCCGUUCUCUCCUCUCUCGCUCCUCCUCCCACCUCCACUCCCUCCACCUCGCUGGUCUACCCUGCUUCUGCCCGGGCAUGCUUGCUGCCUGCAGUGCCCUGCGGUCGCUGAGUCUAGAAGGGGUAAUUGAUUCUUCGGAAUCCUUGUUGCCGCGCACUGUGUCAUUCGACGGCCUUGUGGGUAUGCUUGUGCGCGUGGAGAGCAGAGCAGGGGAGGCAGGAGGGGAGCCAGGAGGGAAGGCAGGAGGGAAGGCAGGAGGGGCCGCAGGAGGGGAGGCAAAAGAAGCAGACACAGACGCAUCGGAGAAAGCACAGAAGGGUGCUUCUGCAGCAGCUGCAGCGGCACGGGUAUUCCCGAAGGGGAGCGACAAGCAAUGGGGAAGGUACGUGGAUAUACGCAGAGAGGCGUCGGCAGCGCAGGAAGAUAAGCUUGCAGCAGUGGGCGAUGUGGUCCGCCUUUCUCGAGUAGCCAUUGAAGCCUCCAAAGCCGCGCGCUCCGAUGCACUCUUGGCGGCGCGUGUGGAGGGUGUGAACGCCGUGCCUCGGAUCGUUGCCAGCCUCGGGAAGAUUAGGUUCGGGAUCUCGGCGUGCCGGUCCUUCUGCGCCGGGGUAUGUGAGGCCAAUGCGGCGAUCAAGUGGGAGGAGGCGGUGGUGCAGGCUAUUGCUGCUGCUGCUGUUGGUGCUGCUCUCAAGGCACCAGGAUUCCUUACUACGGAGCUGAAUCAUGAAGAAGCGGAGGACAGGGAAGUGGAGGAGACAGAAGCAGGAGCUGGAAGCAGGGGCAUGGAUAGCAUGCUACCUGGUGAUGGCCUACCUGAGAGUGUGCUGGGUGGGGUGCGGUCUGAUGCGGUGGAGACGCAUGCAGAGGGGGUGGAGAAGAUGCAGGCACUGAUGGAGGAGCUGUUGGAGCACACUGACGCCGUGUCUGCGAGCUUUGAUUCCAUGCGCCCUCUCACGCCCACCCUGCCUCGCCCAGUGGUGGAUGCAGCAGCACAUGGAGGUGGGGCAGCAACACCAAGAGGAGGUGAUGGUGCAGCAGCAGCUCCCGGGGGGGCGGCAGUGCGUGAGGGAAGAGCAGCAGUGCAUGGAGAGAGAGGAGGGGCGGCGGAAGCAUCGCAGCGGGUGGAAAGCACGCUAGAAGGCGGAGGGCUGGGAGAAAAGGCCGCAGAUGAGGCGGCAGCAGGGGAAGUAGCAGGGAAGGCGGCAGCAGGGGAAGUAGCAGGGAAGGCGGCAGCAGGGGAAGUAGCAGGGAAGGCGGCAGCAUGGGAAGUAGCAGGGAAGGCGGCAGCAGGGGAAGUAGCAGGGAAGGCGGCAGCAGGGGAAGUAGCAGGGAAGGCGGCAGAAGUAGCAGGGAAGGCGGCAGCAGGGGAGACAGCACAAGGGGAUGCGAAACCAAGCAACGGAAAGUCAACCAUCAAGCAUUCUGAAGGGAGCCAUGCAGCAGCAGCAGUCCCCGUGCAAGUGUUCUGCCCUCCUCUGGAGUCCCUGACCCUCCGAUCCGAUCCCUCUGCUUCGCCUCCCUGCCCCUUGUCCCCCGGCUGUCUCCCUCCCUUUCUUCUGAGUCUCCUCGCAUGUACCUCUCCUCCUCCCCCUCUCCACCACCCUAUUCAUGUCACUCAUCUUCCUCCUCUUCCCUCUCCUCCUCCUCUUCCCCCUCGUCCACCUCUUCCCGCUCCUCCUAUGCCCCAUCCCCAAGUGGGCCCUUUUAGUCCAUUGCCCGAGCUGCAGCCUUCAGGCUCCUCAAGCAUCUCGCCUUGGUGCGCUGUGUGGGGUUGA